AUGAUUUACUUUUCUUAUUCUUUUCUAACCUUCCUUUCAAAUGUUUUUUUUUUCUUUUUCUUUUUCUUACACCUCCUCUUACAACUUUCUUUUCUCUCUCUUUUUCUUCUACUUUUAUUCUUCUCCUUAAUUUUUCACUCUUUUUCUAUCCCUUUUCUUCAUUUCACUUCCUCAUUUCCCUUUUCCUUAUUUCUUGAUCUAUUUAUCUCUUUUCUUUCUCUUUUUCUUUAUUCCCUUUCAUUUUCUAUUACAAAUUCUCUCAUGUCUCUUCACCUCCCCCACUGUCUCUCUCUAUUUUGUCUCUUUUCAUUCUUCUUCCAAAUUCUUAUUUUAUCUCUUUCACUCUUUUUGUCUCCCCCUUUUUUCACUUUACCUUUUCUUCAUUCUUUUUUAUCAUGUGGUCUUUUUGUUUUUCUCUCUUCCUUUUCAUUUUCUAUUACAAAUUUUCCCAACUUCUUUCACUCUCUCACUUCCCCACCCUCUUUUCUGAAAUCCUCUCCAAUUCAUUAUAAUAGCUGUUAUUUUUUUUUUCUGUUUUGGUUCCCUGCCUUUUGGUGCUUUUGGAUUUCUUUCUUUUUCUUUCUUUUAGAUGGUUUCUUUGAAAUCUUUUAUCUCCUUUUCUUUAUUUUAAACUUCUUCAAUUUGUUACUUUCUUCUUUUCCUUUUUCCUUUUCUUUUUUUCUUCUUUUCCUUUUUCUUUUCUUUUUCUUUUUCCUUUCUUUAUGUAUAUUCUUCCUUAGUGUCUAUAGAGUGACCUUCUUCUUCUUCUUCUUCUUCUUCUUCUACUUCUUCUUCUAUGUGCCAUGA